UCUACCAGCGGAAGACUCGGCUUGGUGCUCGGAACAGCGGCGACAGUUAUCGUCCUUAAUACCAUGACUUUGCUCCCGGUACGACAACUUAGCGACUGUGAUGCGGACCACAUCCAGCGCAUCCUGAAGGGCCCAAUAUCCCAAGACGAUCCCCAGCUGGUGCAGUGGGUCAAGAGCCAGCUGGUGGCGCCCUCUCGCCUCCCCUACAACCUCUCCCUCUCCAUGUCUGGGAUGCACAAGGAGUUGGAGAUCAAGGGGGAAAAUGCCUUGAUAAGCCCCUCACAGGAGUUCAUCCUCGAACAUGUGGAGGACAUGUUUGGCGAUGAGCUCGAAUACCCUCGCCUGUUCCUCGAGGCAGGCGCGUACGACGGGGAAUUCCUCUCCAACACGCUCAACCUCGAGUAUGAGUACAAGUGGAGGGGGAUCUUGGUGGAGGCUAACCCGACCUUCUUCGACCGCCUCCUCAAGAAGCAUAGGAAGUCUUGGGCCCUGAACGCGUGUCUUAAUACCAAGCCUUAUCCGUCGCAGGAAGCCUUCAUGACGGGCGUCGAGAAGCCAACAGACGUAAACAACAACUUGAACGGAAAAUACAUGCCCGAGAUAGAGCACCACAUCAGUCUCGGGUCUUCGCGGCUCGCCCAGUUCGACGACAACGUGACGCAGCUGGAGGGCAGGAUGGUGGUACAGUGCAUACCCCUCUACACCAUAGCCAGGGCCAUGGGCAUCACACACUUCGAUUUCAUGUCACUGGAUGUUGAGGGAGCCGAGCUUGGCAUUCUGGAGACAGUGCCAUGGGAUAGGCUCUCGUUCACGGUGAGUGCCAGUGGUCUUGUGAGUGCCAGUGGUCUUGUGAGUGCCAGUGGUCUUGUGAGUGCCAGUGGUCUUGUGAGUGCCAGUGGUCUUGUGAGUGCCAGUGGUGUGAAGUGCCAGUGGUGUGAGUGCCAGUGGUCUUGUGAGUGCCAGUGGUCUUGUGGGUGCCAGUGGUCUUGUGAGUGCCAGUGGUCUUGUGAGUGCCAGUGGUCUUGUGAGUGCCAGUGUUUUGUGAGUGCCAGUGGUCUUGUGAGUGCCAGUGGUCUGUGUGAGUGCCAGUGCCAGUGGUCUUGUGAGUGCAGUGGUCUUGUGAGUGCAGUGGUCUUGUUGUGGCCAGUGUCUUGUGAGUGCCAGUGGGUCUUUGGUCUUGGAUGCCAGUGCAGUGGUGCUUGUGAGUGCCAGUGGUCUUGUGAGUGCAGUGGUCUUGUGAGUGCUAGUGGUCUUAUGUGGUGCCAUGGUCUUGUGGUGCCAAUAAUGGCCAUAGAAUCAAAACAUCCAGAUCAGCUGAUUCCAUUCCUGGACGAGAAGGGUUACCAGCACAUAGCCACCAAGGAGGCUGACCACAUCUUUAUCUCGAAGAAGAAAUUGACCGUAAAAAAGAUGAGAAGAUGAUGCUGAAGAAUGAAUAU